AUGGCUUUGAAGAACGUCCUUCUAGCGGCUGCGGCUCUCGCACCUACAGUCCUUGCUCAAGGUGGUGCCUGGGCGCAAUGCGGUGGAAAUGGCUGGACUGGUGCGACCACCUGUGUGUCCGGAUAUACCUGCACCUACUCCAAUGAUUGGUACUCGCAAUGUUUGCCUGGUUCAGGUGGAGGAAACCCAACCACCACCGCAAAACCUACCACCACCGCUCCGACUACCACCUCAGCGGGUACUGGUACCACUUCUCCUCCAACCGUGGGCAAUCCAUUCGCGAAUGUCCAGCACUACGCCAACCCGUACUACUCGUCUGAAAUCUACACUUCCGCCAUUCCAUCUCUGACUGGCACUGCGGCUGUCAAGGCCAGCGCCGUCGCUAAGGUCGGAACAUUCGUCUGGCUCGAUACUGCUGCCAAGGUCCCAACUAUGGACACAUACCUCACCAACAUUGAGGCCUUAAACGCCGCUGGUGCAUCCCCGCCAGUUAUUGGAACCUUCGUCGUUUAUGAUCUCCCAGACCGUGACUGUGCUGCCCUCGCUUCCAACGGCGAAUACUCCAUCGCCAACAAUGGCGCUGCCAACUACAAAGCCUACAUCGAUGCGAUCAGGGCAAUCCUCGUCAAGCACAGCAAGACCAAGGUCGUUCUUGUCGUUGAGCCCGAUUCUCUUGCCAACCUAGUGACCAACCUAAGCGUUGCGAAGUGCGCCAAUGCGGCGGCCACGUACAAGUCCCUCACCGUCUACGCAAUGCAGCAGCUGAACCUUCCCAAUGUCUCCAUGUACCUCGAUGCCGGCCAUGGUGGUUGGCUAGGCUGGGCCGCCAACAUCGGCCCUGCAGCUGACAUGUUCGGCAGCAUAUACAGCUCCGCAGGCAAGCCAGCUGCCGUCCGUGGUCUCGCUACCAACGUCGCGAACUACAACGCGUGGAGUAUCUCGACCUGCCCAUCGUACACCAGCGGUGACUCGAACUGCGACGAGAAGCGCUACAUCAACGCCAUCGCUCCUCUCCUGACCAACGCUGGAUUCCCAGCACACUUCAUCAUUGACACCUCGCGCAACGGAGUUCAGCCUACUGCACAGAAUGCCUGGGGCGAUUGGUGCAACCUGAAGGGGACGGGCUUCGGUGUCCGCCCAACAACCAACACGGGUGACGCGCUUGCCGAUGCCUUCGUGUGGAUCAAGCCUGGUGGAGAGUGUGAUGGCACUUCUGACUCUUCAGCUGUGAGAUACGAUGCUCACUGCGGGCUGGAUGAUGCUCUUAAGCCUGCGCCAGAGGCUGGACAGUGGUUCCAGGCAUACUUCGCACAACUGCUCAACAAUGCCAACCCUUCUUUCUAAAGUGGGAGAAUUGAGUAAAGGCGAACGUCUUGCGAGGUGUUGUCUUAGUUUUAACUGAGCCUCAACUCGUAUGCGAUGGGGUGGUUGUAAAUUAGCCUGAACAUGAGUGGUUGGUGGGGAUAAAAUGGAGAGCUGCUUGCUUUUUUAGCGAGGCACAGCACUGUUGCUAUUCUCAUUUUCCGUUCAUUUGUGCAGGAUCGGCAG